GCCUCCGGCUGCCAGGGGAGCGAGCUGGGGGGAACAGAGAGCGGAGGGCGGCGGCGGCGGCGGCAGCAACAGCAGUAAAAGCCGCCGAGCCAGGAACCGGCCCCGUCGAACAAGCGCCCAGCCGAGGGAGCUGCGGGGCUCCCGCUGCAGGUGGUUCCACCACGAGGGCGGCGGCUGCCCAGGCUCCUCUGGGGGCUGCCUGGGGCGGGUUCCGACUACUCGCCCCCCAGGAAAAGCCCGGACUACCACAGGUCCGCCUGGACGUAAACAGAGACACAGACUAUUCCACUCGGGUUUGGUCCGCCUGCGAACUCCGGAUCCGCUCUGGAGGUGGCGGGGAGAGGGCGGGGAGUAAGGAUACACUGAACACCGCCGCCUGACAGGCGCCGAGAUCCCCUCCGGGAUGGAAGGAACCCACCUGGUGAGCAAACCCGUCGUGGACAAGAAUUGAUCCACACACCAUCCCUCGGGGCUCCGGAGAGACUCCAGAUUUGCCUAAGGAGGGAGAAGGAGGCCGAGAAGGGAUUGGUCGGAAGCCGAGAGAGGCGGAGAGGGGAGGAGAGAAAGAGAGAUCCACGAGCAUCACUUCUGGCAAGAGAUCUACCAGAUCCGAGAUCUUCGUCGGCGGCUGAAGCGGUGAAGAGAGCUAAGAAGGGUGAGGCGGGACCCCGUCCCGUCUGACCGCCGGAUCCUCACCCAGGAAGACCGGGGGAGAUGAGCCACCGCGCUCGGACUCUAGUGGAUUCCAGAUCCUUUGGGGACAGCCGGCUCGGAACGUGGCAGAUCCGGAAGGAUACCAGCUAAGCUUGCGCCCCGUCGAAGUGCGAGAGAAACUUCGCUUGAGACCCAAGGCGCCCUCGGGCUGCUGCACUUUCAGGACAGGAGAGGACAGUCGCCGCCCCACGGUGCCCCUUGGGGACCAGCGACAUGUGAUCCUUAGAUCCUGCGGACAGAUCAACGAGACCCUCUCCGACCCACCGACUGCUUGACAGCGACUUCCCCGGAGCAGGAAGAGGAGCAGAGGGGUAUCCGAGCCCCUCGGAUGCAAUGGCUAGUUAGCAGGCUCCACCCGCGAGAUCCCAGAAAACGACUGGAUCGCCAGCGUCCUUCGCCGCCAUCCAUGCAGACCCUGGAAGAUCCCGCCUAGAUCCUCGAUUGGCUGGCGCCGUGACAGUCCAGAGAAACCUCUCCUGUCCCUUCCCUCCCCCGGCUGGGCUCUAGCUUGGGACCCUGGCUGUUCCUACACCCUCCAGGUGUGGGGCAGCCUGGGUGCACCGGGCAAAGGGGUGACACUGUCCAGAAAUGCCCUGGGUGGUCUUUGGUCUGCUGUUGGUGCUUCUUCGAGGGUCGCGGGCUCUGCAGAGGGCAGGUGAGUGAGAACUGCGGAAGGGAAGGAGGGUCUGUGUAUUUAUAUGUGCGUAAUAGUGAGGGACAGGGAGGGGGGUAUUAGAGCCAGGGUCCUCUUCUCAGCUCUGGGAAUGGGGGCUGGGGGAGCAGGGAGUGGCCAAGCAUGGGGCAGGAGGGCUGGGAACCACGAGGAAAACCCAAAGGGAGCAGGGCAGGACUCCUGGGUCCCCCUUCACAGCUCUGGGACAGGUGUUGAAUGUGUUAAAACUUGAAAUGUAUGUUGGGGGAGGCAAGACGGCCAGGACUCCUGGGUUCUCUUUGAGACUGAUUCUACUGUCUUGAGAAGCAGGACUCCUAUAUUGUCUCUGUCCCUUGAGGAUGGGGGUCAUGUGGAAGGGCAGGGAGUGGUCAGGGAGGGGGUACAUGGAAGAGGGCUGCCGGUGCAAGAGUCCCAUUGCACUGGUCCUUUAGUUGGCUGGCAGGGUGUGUGGGACUGAUGGCCAGAGAGAGAGGAGGAUGGCUGGAGCUGCCGUUGUGGUUGGCAGCAUCAAGCCUUCCCUUGGCCUGGUAGGACCCCUUCUGGCUCCCUCCCCCCUCUCCCUCCCCCUCCCAGCCUCCCUUGCUUGGCCCGAUGAGCCCCCAGCCUCAAAGGCACAGUUCAGCGGCCACCUGUCCCGCCCGGCCCCGACGGCAGACAGACGGAGCCCAGCCGAUUUCACACACUCAGCCCCUAGACAGCUGCUGGACCCCUGCCGCAGCAGAGAGAGAGAGAGAGAGAAGAGAAAGAGAAAGUGUCUGGGACAGAUCCCCACCCCUGCGGUCCAGUUCUUCACCCACACUUUCUGGCCCAGGCGGCAUCUGUCUCCCCACUUGCGUUUUGGCUGCCGUCCAGGAUACCUGUCAGAUGGGAAUCCCAAGUGGCAGGAACUGGCUCAACAGGGUUGGGCUGGGUUAUAAUUGGGGAGGUAGGCUGCAGUCUGCAAUGCUGCUGAUGCUAGGGAUCUGCUGGGGUGGGGUGGGGGGGUAUGAAGGGCCCCGCCUCCCCCCAGAGCAAGGUAUGCUUUCCUUUCUUCAUCCUUCCCCCAACCCAACUACUUUCAAAGAUAUUCAUCAGCUUGACAAGCUAUUCCAAGAUUUGGGUCAUAGAAUCUGGGUCAUAGAAUCUCAGAGUUGGAAGGGACCAUGAGGGUCAUCGAGUCUCCAGCCCCCUGCAAUGCAGCAAUAUUUUGCCCAAUGUGAAUCUCGAACCCACAACUCAGAGUUUAAGAGUCUCAUGCUUUAUUGACUGAGCGCUCUCUCUCUCUCUCUCUUCUCUCUUCUUCAUAACAGAACAUUUUUGUGGGGAGGCUGUAAGCUGGAUAUUGUUGUUCCUUCAAUGUCCCUGGCACUUUACAAAGAAUGAAAUGGCAGGUCUCUGCCCCAACAAGCAUACAGUAUAAAACAACAGAUUCAAGUGUGGCAACAGAAGGGAGGAGGGGUAAUUGGAUGCAAGGGACAUGCGGGGAAGAAAAUGUGAUUAUUUCAGUGACGUAUACUUAACUUUAGCUGCAGUAGGCAGAGUACGUGGACCAAGAGGUAAUGCCAAAGGCUUGAUGGAACAAUAAGUUCUGUUUGUUUCCCCCAAGUGAUUUUAUCGAUAGUAAUGCAGGUAACAGGUUAUGUUUUAAUCGCCCCACCCCCCAAAAAUAAAACCAUGCCCUUUGAUUUGGAGAUUCAUCUUUUGACACCAGAACUGAUCAUAAUCACCCCAAACGUGUGCAUAUUCUGUUGUGGCACAGGCCGGGGAAGACACUCAGCGCAUGCUUAGAGGUUCUUUUUCUUCUUUAAGAUGACAUGCGGGGGUACAUUCUAGAGAGGCCAUAUCUUGGAGAAGGGGUCAACGUGGCAUCUUCAGUAUAAUAAUAAUAAUAAUAAUCAGGGAACAGUGGUUGAUGGGAAAAGCUACCGGCUGAGACACCGGGGAGCUGCUGCCUGUCUGAGUAGACAAUACUGGGCUUGAGUCUGCACCCACAUCAUGCAUUUAAAUUGCAUGGCUUUCCCCAAAGAAUCAUGAGAACAGUAGUUUACCCUGCACAGGACUAUGUCCCAGCACCCUUCACAAACUACAGUUCCCUGGGUUUUUGGGGGGAAGCCGUGUGCUUUCAGUGUGUGGUGUGAAAGCAGCCUGUGUCUGAGUCUGUAAAAUUACUGGUAGGCAACUUCACAGGAUAAGGUCUAUCAGAGAAGCCCAGCUAAUAUGGGGAUGUUCUGGGUCGAGGACCCCGGGGGCUUCACUAACUACGAACCCUGAAAUUUGGGAUCCUGGACUUUGGGGGUUGAAGUUAGUGAAGCUGACGCCAGGGGUGCAGAUGCCCCUCCUGGCAGGGGGGGCGGUGGUGCAGGGAAAAAGGGGGUUGGCUACUUUCUACCCACCCAGCAGGGAUCUAGAUGCUGAAUCUGGGCAGUAAUCAAAUAUCAGAUGGUGGCCAUGUCUGGCAUCUUUUUCUCUCUGGCACCUUUUAACAAAGGGAUUUUUAAACUCUCCCUCCCCCCCAAUCUCGACGCCACUUUCAAAGAUAAACCUAUACAGGGACUCUGAGGCAGAGUUGUGUACAGCCUCAUGCAAGUAUCUGUGGGGAGGGACACUCACUGUCGCUGGAAGAGGACAUCCUGAACCUGCCCCACCUGCUGCCCCAACAAUCACACGUGGGCAUCCGUCACCAGAACGAAGCCGUGGCUCUUCCCUGGCACAGCUCUGGAGUUGCCGUGCCUCUUGCCGGGUGCUGAGUGCAAGUGCAGCAAUGCCCUUACCUGGAUGGGCUUGGUGGGAGCUGCAGUCCAAAGCCACAUGGAGGGCACCAGGUUGGCAAAGGCUGCCGUAGGGCAAGGUUCAUCAAUGGGGUCCUCUCCACACCAAUUGAAACUGUUGUUGCCAAUACCCUAGGCUGUGGCAUGUGCUUGGUUGCUGUGGCGGUUUCUCUGCUUUGCAGACGUUCCCACGGUCCCUCAAAGGUUGGCAAUCCCAAGUGUCAGGCUUAGACCAGAGAGACCUGGGUUCAAAUUUCCCCACUCAGCCAAGAAGCUCAGUGAGUGACCUGAGGCCAAGUCAUUCUCCAUCUCAGCAUAAGCUACACCACAGGGUUGUAGUGAGGAUUAAAGGGUGGGUGGUGGUGGUAAAGGAGGAUGUUGUAGGAAUAAAAUAAGCACAAAAACAGAGGUUCCUCUUCCAGAGAACAUCUUUGAAUGGUACAUGAAGGAGGGCUCUACCCGUCACAGAUUCCCAUCCUUCCCUGGAAAUACUUCCCACCCUGCAAAGCAAGGCAUUCUCUGCUGUAUGGCAAGAAUAUAUUCAGCAAGUGAAUCUUGUCUGCAAGGCAAGCAGCUGCUGUAGAUUCUUUGCCGGUUGAACUUCUGCCUUUAUAUUGUGCGCUUGGAAAAGGCAGGACAAAAUGUUGGCAACCCCUGUGGCUACAGAGCACAAAGCCCAGCUUGUUGUCUCUUUGUUCUUUUACUAGGAUCAAAACCACAGUUUCUCUCCCAUUUCCUUUUCAACAGGAAAUGCUGGACAGUCCCUUUCAAAUUUGCUUUUUUGUGUGUUUUCCCACGUUUGCGACGCUGGGCACAGAAAAGGCCAGCUGCAGUGCAGCAGACUGCCAUUAGGGGGUGCUCUGGCUCAGGAGGCAGUUGAGCCUGUUCAUUUCUGCUCUGUUCCCCAUUCCCCCUUUAUAACAGUGGUUUUAAACCUUUCAUUUUCUUGUGAGGGUGCUGUCACUGACCACUCUCCUUAAACCAAGCAUGUUUCUCUGUGUGUGAGCACAGUCAUUGCAUACAGAAUCAAUCAAUACCCCUCUGAUGUUUUUUCUUAACAUAUUGUCGCAAAAGGGGCAGAUUCAGAGUGGCAUAAGAAAGGUAAAUUACUUUCUGCCUUUGUGGAAUGUUGAUGCUUUUGUAAUUGUGAAUACAGAACUGGAGUUAAUUUAUGCGGGAAUAUAGAAUCAUUAAGAAUAUAGUCUUUUCUUUUUUUUAAGAAGACAUAUAAACUGAUUGCCAUCACCACAUCCUGCACUAGUUAAUUAUGCUCACAUGUUUAUUGUUGGGUGAGCUAGGAUUUCUGAUCCCUAUUGUGUGGUUUUGGGCAGGGAAGCCCAGGUGUGAAGGAAGGGUAGUUGUGGAGGAUUUAUUCCGUUACAUACAUUUGCCAUUAGCGUUUAUCAACCAGCUACUUCAGUCCCCUGGAUAAUUCCCAUGUAUGCAAACUAAGCUGAUCUACUGCCUGUCCUUAAGUUGGAGAAAAGAGGUGGGGAGAGGAAAAGGGGGGGGGGAAGCAACUUCUCAUAUCCACAUUGGUCAGGCUUGUUGAAAUCCUUUCAAAUCCUUUGAAAUACAGUUUUAGUUUCACCCACCCUGUAUAAAGGAGUCUACCGUUGCUACUUUUCUGUGGCCCAUGGCUUCAGAGAUGAGCUGCAUCUUGUGGGCUUCCCCACCUCUUGUAGUUUGCAGAGUGCCUUAGAUCUUCCCUGUUUACUCUGACCUCUGCAUCCCAUGGUCCUGUCGGUAGCUGACCCACAUCACGGGGAAGAGAUAUCUUGCAGAUCAAUUUCCAGCGGGGUGGAGCAGCAGGAUGAUUACCACACGACUAAAACUGUUUAUUUUGUAUCAUAGGUUAGAAAAAAGCUCAUUCCAUUGUGUGCGCACAAUAAUAACUGUUGUUAGUACAGUGGUACCUCGGGUUAAGUACUUAAUUCGUUUCGGAGGUCCGUACUUAACCUGAACUGUUCUUAACCUGAAGCACCACUUUAGCUAAUGGGGCCUCUUGCUGCUGCCGUGCCACUGGAGCCCGAUUUCUGUUCUAAUCCUGAAGCAAAGUUCUUAACCUGAAGCACUACUUCUAGGUUAGCGGAGUGUGUAACCUGAAGUGUAUGCAACCUGAAGCGUAUGUAACCCGAGGUACCACUGUAUUAAUAUUAUUUGCUUGUAAAGUGGCAUCAACAUGUGUGGCAGAGAAAAAUGAAGGAGAUGGGUCUCUGCCCCGAGGAGCAUACAAUCCAAAAUUUGUCAUAGAGGAGGUGACGGUAGGAGGGGUAGAAAAAUAGAGGCAAAAGUAAACAGGGGAAGUAUAUCUGCUCUGUACAGUUACAUGUACUUGGGCUUAGUUGCAGGAAGGGAUAGGAACUAAGGGGCAGUGAGGAUUGUCAGGGCAGGAAUUUGGGGGCAAGGUGAGCAGGAGUGCCCCCAAACACAGCCGAGCUGGCUUACCAUCAUUUGAAGUGGGGCGUUCUCAGUGGCAGCUGGUGCCCAUUGGAACUGGUGGGUCAGAAGGCAACUGACAGUAGGUGGAGCCAGGACUGCUGGCCCAUUGGCAUGGGUUUGCAUAAUGGAUGGAGCAAGAGAUCUUGGGCCUAGUGCUAAAGACCCAUGGCUUGGCCAUCUGGAAUGCCCCUAUUUUGGAGUAAGUGAAGCAAUGCACAUUACCAUCAAAAGAGGUUGGCUUAAUGGUCUUCCAUCAGAGAAAAGGUGGGCUUUGAAGAAGGAUUUGAAGGAACAGGGGUAGCAUUCGAAAGAUGCAUUGGGUGGCAGUUCCAGGCAUGAGGGGCAGCAAGGGAAAAAGGCUCUAGCCUGCAGGACCAGCGGUCAAGGAUAAGGGGAGCAACAUCUGGGGGACCACAGUUUCCCCAUUCCUGUGCUGGGACAAAGGAGAAAGUCGAUUCAGUUUGCAUCUCAAGGCAAUCAUUUGCACCAUCCAAAACAAUAUGCAAACUGAAGGAAGCAACCCUCCCAAAAUUUGUGCUUUUCCAAAGUUGGCAGUGCAGCUUUCCAGGCAAGUGCUGUGUACAAAAAUGCAUUAUAUCAGGGAGAAUUGCUUUGCAACAAUGUACGUACAUACGAGGCAAAAUGGCAUAUAAACAAGUUGCAUUAAAAUGCUCAUGAAUGUUCACGAGGACUUAAAAAAACCCACGUAAUUGUGAACUGAUGUGCACAUAUGGAGAACUGAAUAUAAGUUAAGGAAAAUGAGAAACUGAGAAAAGCCAAAACAGGCAGAUUCACCCAUCCCUAUCCUACACUAAGGCAUAUUUUGCAUUAUGCUUUUAAGAGUUAUUUUUAACCAUAACAGCAAACACCUCCCAUUUAGAUCACUAGAGGACAACCUAUUGCAAAAGUAGCAUGCAGAACAGGAAUUUCAGCAAUGCAACAGAUGCAUUCAGGCAACAGCCCUUGGUUGGAGAAUUGGCUUUUAUUUAUAACUCGCCAUUCCGCCAAGGAGCUCUCCCCUUGUCCCGUUUUAUCUUCACAGCAGGCUUAUGAAACAGGUUACUGGCUGAGAGAGAUUGAUGAGCCCUGAGAACUUCAUAGCUGAGGGGGGAUUUGAAGCUGGUCUGUCCCCAGUCCUAGGUUGCCAGUCUAACCACUGCACCAAAUGAUCAUAUUCCUGUUCUCAUCUGUGAAAUGUUAGAGAGUAUUCUGUCUGUUGCAUCCAUUUAUUAACUGACCAGGAACAAGACCUUGGGAUCGUAGCGGAUAGCUCCAUGAAAAUGUUGACCCAAUAUGUGGCAGCUGUGUGGUGCCAUCGAGCAGGACUGUGGGGCAGAGGUCCAGAACCCCACACUCAGUAGAAGGAGCAGCCACCCACAUGUGCAGCAGGGGUGGGGCUUGCUGAAUUUCGAAACAAGGGGAAAAGCUGUAACACAGAGCACCAGCUUUUCAUGAGGAAGGUUGCAGGUUCGAUCCCGGCAUCGCCAGGUAGGGCUGGCAGAGACCCACACCCGAAAACCCUGGAGAGCUGCUGCCAGUCAGUGUUGGCACUAUGGAGCUAGAUGGGCCAAUGGUCAGACUCGGGAUAAGGCAGCUUCCUAUGUUCCACAGCUGUGCUGAUGUGGCAGACCUGCCAUCCCAAUACUGACAUCACAACUUGUACCUGGCUGGCCCUGGAGCAGGGCAGGGCAAGGUGGGGGCUGUGAGGACUGCCCUGCCCCAGUGCUGCCUAGGUAAGCCGUAGGAACAGCAAUGUUGACCGCACAGCUUUUUGUCUCUGCCCUGCAAUUUUGUCUGCUACUGGUAAUCGAAAGGAAGAGGGGGAUGAGACGGUUUUAAAUAAACGAAAUAAAACACAUGGCCAUCUAGAGAGUUCCCCCACCCCCAUAAGACCAUUAAGUCCGGAGUGUGAAAUGACCCACUGUGCACCCCAUUCCUAUCUCCAGUUUCCUUCCCCUCCUACACACCCUCGGCUGACACCUCCACAUUUCCGUGCAUCCCGAAAGCGGAGGUGGGACUCGCAUUUCAGGGGCAUAUCUGGUGCUCUGGCCGUUCUGCUGCACUGAGAUCCCCCAGACGACCUCUUUAUUGAGCAUUCCUCCAGAUUUGUCUGUGGGGAGGUUAUACAUCGGAGAACAUCCCUCUGGAUUAGUUUGCACCAAGUUCAUGUAUAACUUCCCAUCAAUCGAUCAUUAUCCCACCCUUUUCUUUGUCACUUUCCUUACCGCAGAGUAUGUUUUGAAAAGUGGAAUGAUGUGGAUUUGUUGCACCAGAACUCUUCAGUUGUGACAGUCUUAGUUUCUGGUAUGUGAUUGAAUCUGUCCUGCAAAAGAGUGACAUUUGGGAGGUGGCAGCUGUCUCUCUUUGGGACUUUUAUUGACGAUCUGCCUCACAUCCAUAUCACUGAGUUUCCUCAUCAUCAGGACGCUGAAAAGGGCAUUAAACAAGUCCUGCUGGAGCAGAUCCAAGGUCCAUCUUCCCUCACUGGUCAGUCAUGCCUCUGGGAAGCCCAAAAGCAGGGCAUGGGAGCGCAAAAGCCCUCUCCCUCGUUGUCGUCUUCCAGGUAGUGGUAUUCAGUGGUACACUGCCUCUGCUCAUGGAAGUUCCAUGUAGCCAUCAUGGUUACUAGACAGGGAUAGACUUAUUUCUCCUGAGGGCCCAGCUAGAUGUGACAGCAGGAGGGCAGCUGGCAGAAGGAGCUGGCUGCCUCAGGCGGUAGAUGUGGAGGGAUGUCAAACGGUAAUGGCAGCUCCCCUAAGCUUGCUAACUGCUGCCCUCAGGUGCGAGGGAGAGUGCUUCUCAGUUGUGAGACCUGAAGUGAAAUUUUGCUGUCAAAACUGUCAGCCUGCUUGGAUUCUGGGGUGGGGAGAGAGGGGCACCUUCUUUGCCUCAGGAAGCAAAAUGUCUUGGACCGGCCCCGUCAUGCUUUCCCUCUCACACUGGGUUGCUGUAGCCGUUCUAUCCCCCUUUCCCAGCUUGCUUCCAGUGUUGCAGCUAAGAAGACAGAAAUGUAUUUGGAGCAACUGGCUGAGGUAGCAGUAAGCUGAGGGGAGGGGUCCACACAGCAGCUCAUCGCUGUCUCUCUCCCAUGUGUAAGGCGGAGUACACACCAUACGACUUACCCCAAAGCAUCCAGAGAACUGCAGCUCGUUGAGGGUGCUGGGAACUGUAGCACCGUGAGGGGUAAACUACAGUUCCCAGGGUUCUCUGCAGUGCGCUUUAUAAACAUGAUGUGCACACAGCCUGACCUCCCUUUCCACUUGUGAGCUGUACAUACAUGUGCACGAUGGCUCCCUCACAGCCGGCCUAGUCUGAAACAUCCCCAAGCCCCCCCCCCUUGCACCUUGCGGAGGAAGAUUGGUAAGGGAAAGGUAAGUUGCCUUCUGAAGAACCUCACUGGUUUCUCACGCAAGGGCAAAUGUCCAAGGAACUCCAGGAUCCCUGGAGUGGGGAGGAGAGAGCAUGUGCGUGCACACAUGCGCUCCCGCUCAUCCUCACACGCCAGUUCCUAAAGGUGUGAAAGCGCCCUCGGCAUCUACUUAUUUAUAUAUUUAUUGAAAGAAAGGCAUUGCAAGUACUCUGGGAAUUCUCCUCUGCCCCCUUCCCUAUUGCUUCGCCGCGACAGGCUGUUGGCCUUUGGACAGCUGCAGCAGCUCCCCAACAGGAGGAAGUUCUCCACAAUGGUACCGAAAUAGCUAAUCCCACGUUUGUCGGAAUAGGGCUAUUUCUCUCCCCACCCCCCUGUGUGCGUUCCAUUGCGUUUCUUCCACAAUCCCAGGGCUCAAGAGAACAGAGAGCCCUGAGCCAUUUGUCCCUCUGAUGUCCCCACCCCCCCAAUCUCCAAGGCCACCUCACAUUCAUGCCCCCUCAACGCGCCCCGGUCCCCAAUUCCACACUCCCCCCACCCCACCCCCGCCGCUAGGCCCAAGCAGCCUGUAGCGUGGAAGGGCCCAGCUGCCAACACUCACCACCUGUUAGACAUCCAGGCUCCAGGCCUCUGUAGGCUUCAACGUCCGUCCGUCCCCACCAAGAGAUCUCCCCCCACCCCGCAAUCCCUACGCCCCCCUCCCUGCCCACCCUUUUUUGCUUUAUAUCAACCACCUGUUUAUUAUGUUCUCAGCUAUUUCCAUCCCCGGCAACAGGUGGGGCCUGUCCCCCGGGGCUUCUGUCUGCUGGGCUGGAAAGGCGUCUGGUUACACCACCGAGAGGCUUCAGGCUCGGAGGCGGGGGGGGGCAGUGGCAGGGAAGGCGAAGCGAGGCUCCUGGGCCUAUUCCCAGCUGUGGAAGGACAUUAAUAUGUCUGGGAUAGAACAAGGCCGGCUAGGAGCCAGGACUCCUGGGUUCCCAGGGAGGGACAGGGCCCAGAGCGGCCGGUUCUCUUCGCCAGUUCGGAUUACGGGCUUCCUUGCGUGGGGCACCUGAAGAACGCAGCCUGGCACUCGGCGUUAUUUUGUUGGGAAGAAGGCUGGCCGCAUCUGUGCCUAUUGUCCUUUUUGAAAUGGUACAUGUGUGUGUAGUGUAAUCAGGAUUCUGCGUCAAGAAAAUAUGCAUUCUGCAACCUGGAUUUGCUUCUGCUCUUCACGGGAAGGAGCAAGCAGGUAGGCAAGUCUCCCCUGUUGAUUCCUGGACAUGUCAUGCUCUUAUCCUCCAGAUUAAACUUCUCUGGAUUCUCUUCAUUCCCAACACAUGCAAACAACAGACCCCAAUUCCCACAGCAAGAAAGGCACUCCUGAAUUUUCACACGGCCCCACCUUUCUGCUUCCUGAUCCAGUAUCUGUGCCUUCUUCAGACUGGUCUUUGUCUGCAGUGGAAGGAGGUGGCAGAAACCUGAGGUGGUCAAAUAAGGGGCUGUACCCCAUCAGGCUGCAGGUGAAAAAUCAAACUUUGGAAUUUUCCUGCACACAGCGAAAAAAACCCGACAGCAGAGCAGAUAUUGGACUGUGCCAGAAUUUUUCUCCUUGAGGUGCUAGAUUUUCCUUGCAAGGUGUUACAUGGUCUGUUUGUUUUUUGCAGGAACAUUUAUUGACACAGGACAGACCAAGACGUUUAUCCCUGAUGAUAGGUUGCAGUUAGUCAUGCCAGUGCAGGGGAAGAACUUUGCCCAUGCUCAGAAGCACCCUGGCCCUCAUUGUUACUAUGCAUUGCAUGCUCUGGAGCUGGCCUGGCUAUGGAAACACGUUCCCUGAGGCAGUUGCUGGUGAUUUGAGAGCAAGGCUGGAACCCAUUCCCCCCCCCCCCAGACUAAAAGUCCAGAGGGACCCACUGCUGACCUUGCUAGAGGUCAAAGAGCUGGAUUGGAGGGGGGAGUCCUGUCCACCCCCCUGGUGCUUUGCCUGCACUUGACUGUCUUGGCAUGGCAGAUUAAAUGCGCCUUUGAACUCUUUGAUCUUCCUCCAUUCCCCCCCCCCCAAUAUAAGAUCUAAAAGGGUCUCCUGUGUUUCUUUUGCCUGCAGCCAAGGCUCACACGACACCCUCCACACCGAUUCCCUUUGAAUCUUCAAAGCCUCUGCAUGCUUUAACUGAUUACACAUUUAGCAUCUCUAAUCUCCUCUUGGCCCCCACCCGGGAGGCAGCCUUGGGACAUGUCCCUCUUCUUUCAAGCUUGUCUUGUCACGCUUGCUCUGAUGUUCCUCCAGCUCCACAUUUCAGAGAUUUGGGGGUGGGGUGGGGGUGGAAAGGAGGGGCAACUGGAGGUCUCUGGUGAACUGCCAGGGAAGAAGAGAGCCCCUCGUCUUGGGCCCUUGGUCGCCCUGCACUCUUAGGCCCAAGCAGCCCUCGAAUUGUAGGAGGAGAGGUAGGGUGGCCCAAGGGCACCACCAGGAGAAUGACGAAGGGGGGUCUCCAAACGCAGUAAGGCUCACCUGCCAUAUUCUGAAACAAGCGAAGGAAUACGGAAUAUUCAUUGCCAUCUCACUUAGUUCCCCCUCCACCUCACGUCCAGAGUCUAAAAUUACCUAACUGCAACUCUGGGUACGGGUGAGGGUGUAUGAAAUCCACAAGCUUCAGUCUCUGACUUGCCUGAAUUUUAUUUGUAUUGUGUCGCCCUGUACAUUUCUAAAAAAAGUACCUAAAUGGUAUGUGUCAUAAAAGGUAAGGGGGCUGGAAGCCCGCCCUUCUCUCCCUCCCGCCAGUAAUUUGACCACUGGGUUGCUCAGGUUAUUAGAACAUCUCUAAACAUUAGGCGCAAGAAACUGUGUUUUUCAACCCUGCUAACAACCGUGUUUCCCAGUGGAAUUCACAGCCACCAGAUAUCAGAAUCGUAGAGUUGGAAGGGACCAUGAGGGUCAUAUAGUCCAACCCCUGCAAUGCAGGAAUCUUUUGCCCAAGGUGGGGCUCAAACUCACAAUCCUGAGAUUAAGAGUCUUACACUCCACCAACUGAGAUUUGUUGGUCUCUGAUAGUAUGAAAACUAUCAUCUGGUGACUCAGUAGGUUUUUUCAGGAAGCUGCUGCUCCCCAUUAAUCUUGAAUCGCCAGACAAGAUUGACAGUGUAUAUUUAGAGCACAUCUAAUGCACAUUUGAAGCACACAGCUGUCCCCCCCCCCAAAAAAAAAUGAAUUCUGAGAACUGUAGCUUAUUAAGGGUGCUGGAAAUUUUAGCUCUGUGAGGAAGGAAACUACAAUUCUCAGGAUUGGGGGGGGAAGUAAUAUGUUUUAAAUGUUCACUGAAUGUGUUCUAAAUGUGGGUCAGGUCUUUUCCUUCAGAGGGGGCAGGAAUAGCACCAGAAUGCUCAACUUUUUUCAAAGCUGAUGAAACUGGCAAGGUUUCCUUCCCAGCCUUAUCAGUUCUGCAGGGGCAUGGGAGCAGCGGAAAGGGAGGAUAGAUUGCCUGAAGAAGCCAGAUUCUUUAUAUCACUCAACCAAGAGACACUUCCCAAUGAGGGAGGACAGGUUAAAAGACAAGAAAAGCCAUUCCCCAAAUGUGUGGAGGGCAGGGAGGAAGUGGUGGGCGGGAGACUGAAAUACACUUCUGAUCAACUGCAUCCUUUGAGAGGUGUCAUGAAACCAACAAGGAGGUUGAAACGGGUGUGGAAAUAUGCCAGCAAUCCCAAAAUCUGAUACAGGUGUAUUUAAAAUAGAAUGUCAACAUUCACUUACAAAUAGUAUGCAAAAGAGGCUCGAAAGGGCUUUAAAGGCUGCAAUAUUAAGGCUCUUUUUAUUGUGGGCGUAUAAAGCAACAUUCUGUUGAUGUAUUAGUAAUGUGUUGGAAGUGGAUUUAUACUGGACCGUCCACACAUCAUCUCUCUUUCUCAGCUGUCCUGUGAUGCUUCCCCAAUGCGCUCGCAUUAGUGCAUCCAGAUUUUAACUCUACCCAUUGCAUGCUCAGCAUUUUGCCCAUCGCCAGUCUCCACUCCCCCUUCUGCCCGGACAGCGCAAGUAAGUUGUGCUGUGCCACCAUACUUCCUUUCAUCCACUUUUAAAGAUUGCAUGUUUCAGCUGUGAAUUCCUGUGCAAAACCGUGUUAGUUUGCAGGGGGAGGAAACUGCAGAAGUGCCACUGUAUGUGGCAUCAACAGGAAGUACAUGGAAGUACAAGCUCCUGUGGCUCUGACCCCUCCUUGCUGCCAUACUUUGUUUUUAAGUUUUUAUCUUCAGGCUGUGAUUGCUACGCUAACCAUUAGCUCGUUUCCAUUAAAAAAUACAAAAAAAAAAAAAACCACCUCCACAGGAAUGGUGAUUAAAGAAGCAAAUUUAAUUUAGCGCCUUGAAGGACCCAAAAAAUAAAAAUAAAAAAUUGGAACAUUUGUGGUAUAACGAAUUACAGGAUUUCACAGGAAGCUUUAAAUGCAUGGGGUGUAUGCAGUUAGUGUUUUUUUAUUAUUGAACCUGCCUUGGGACCUUAGGGUGAAGGGCAGGUAACAAACAAACAAACAUCUCUGAGUGGACACAGAGCACUUUUUCCUCACAAUUCAUCUGUCAAAUCUGGCCUUUGCCAAUUACGAGUCACGCCUUCCAACUUUAGAGCAUGGACUUGGAUCCUCUGAGAUCCAGGAAUCUCCCCCUCUCCCUCUCUCUUUUGCUGUUAGAAAUGAAGCGCUAAAAGUCAGGACCUGUGAGGUCUAAAGGAUCUGGGGCAAGGCAAUGGCUAACAUCAGAAUUCCUAGGAAAUUAUCCCCGCUGAUUUCAACGAGCCUUUCUUCUGCUUCAAUAUGCAUGGAUUGUGCGAGUGUGAGUUUUCAUCAAGGCAUGCCAUGAUUCAAACCUGUCAAGCAGAGUGCGUUUUUACAACUGCUGAAUUAUGUCGCACUGGUUACCAUGCCAGUUCUGCAGACUGAAGCAAUUGAAUGGGCCCAUCUGGGACAAGGAGAUCCUGCAAGUAAACUAGUCCCAAGCCAUGAAGGUCUUUAUGUACUAAUAGUAACACCUUGAAUUUGGCACAGUAACCAACCAGCCACCAGUGCCCAUCUCUGAACAGAGGUGUUGUCUGCUGAGAAGGUCUCACCCCUGUCAGUAACCGUGUUGCAGCAUUCUGCACUAACUGCAGUAUCUGCACCAAGUGCAAGGGGAAGCCCCACACAGAGUGCAUUGCAGUAAUCCAGUUCUGAAAUUUCCAGGGCCUGAACUAUUGUGGUUAAGCUGGUAUAGGGUGGAUGGAGACCCAGGUUUACAUCCCCUCUUAGCCCUAAAUCCUAGUAGAUGAUCUGGAUCCAGCCACCAUUCUCAGCAUUCCCUACUUCACAGGGUUGUUGGAAGGAUAAAGUGUAUGCAUUUGCAACUGAGUGACUCGGGAGAAGAGUGGGAUUUUAAGAAAUGCAAUAUGUAGAUAUAUAUAUUGAUACUGUCACCUCUUUGGGAUGCCAGAGGGAAAGCGAGAGUGUGCAACGAGAAGAUUUGUCUCGCUGACCAGCCCUCCCUUCUUCUCUCCUUGCCUGCAGAGCUGUCUGAAUGUUUUAUGGUGAAUGGGGCCGAUUACCGGGGGACGCAGAACAGGACCUCUCCCGGGAGCACGGGGCGGCCCUGCCUCUACUGGAACCAGACGCGAGAGCAUGCCUACAACACCGCCAAGUACCCCAACGGCGAAUGGGGCCUGGGCAGCCACAACUAUUGUCGCAACCCGGACGGGGACGUACAGCCCUGGUGCUACAUCUCGGAGAACGAGGAAGGCAUCUACUGGAAGUAUUGUGACAUCCCAACCUGCCACAGUGAGUACAGGAGGCCUGGGUAGACUGUGUGUGUGUGUGUGUGUGUGUGUGUGUGUGUGUGAGAGAGAGAGAGAGAGAGAGAGAGAGAUGGACUGGCUGAGUGCAGAAGAAUGGUGGGAGGCACCAGUUGGGGAACCCCCAAAGGAACCCCUAGGAAAAGAAGGCUCAGAGCCAAGGGAUUGGUGGUGGGAUGGUGAUGAGGGAGAAGAGGGAGCAGGCUGGGAGGUGGUGGUGUUGGAAGCUGAAGAGGCAACAGGAUUCAGUGAGCAGGAAGAGACUCUGGAAGAGGGCAGUCCAGAAUCAGAGGCGGAAGUAGAGGCUGGAGACUAAGGGGCCAAGAGGCAGAGAUGAGUCAGGCUGGUGAAGAAGCCGGGGGUCUCCCUCUCCUGCUGUGGCAAGCGCCGCUCCCCCUGGUCUCCCAGAACCAGAAGAGGUAUGAAUAGAGCGGAGCAACGGCAGGCACACGACUGAGUCUCAGAUUGCAGAGAUGAGUCAGGCUGGUGAAGAAGCCAGGGGAUCUUCCCCUCCUGCUGAAACCAGCUCCCCAGACCCUAUCUGAGUCUCCCAAAACACACAGAUAAAUGAAGAGAGUGGAGAGACAAGACAAAGGAGUCUAAUGGAAUGGCUGACCCAGGCCUGUACAGAGCUUGUCUCGUUAGAAUAUAGUUAUAAACCCCAGUUAGCAUAGCCCUCUGAGGCUUGGGGCAAGUGUAUCCUGCUGCCCCCCACCUUACACGAGCCUGGGCUGACUCUCCAGAUGACAGCUGAGGGGCCGGAGGCCUGAGGGAACUGGUCUGUCGCAGCAGUUGCAAAAGCCUUAAGGCAGACAGACAGCUUUGUUUCUAAUCAGUGCAUGCCCCGUAACUUCAUGGUGAAAUUCUGUAACUUUUUAUACAAGUGUUCCAGGGGGGUGGUGUUGGGGUUUUUGCUCUCUUGCCCUUCCAGACAACAAAAACACAAUCACUUUGUCCUCCUCUCCAGUGCCAGGUUACGUCGGCUGCUUCUUAGAUUCUGGGACCCCACCGGCCCUGAGUGGGAGCAGCGGCACCUCCACCAAGCUUACAGUGCAAGUUUGCCUCAGCUUCUGCCGCAAGCGGGGCUAUAAGGUAAAGCUCUUUGUCAACCAUGGGCAUCUCACCUCACCUGGCCUGCCUAAUAGCAUCUUCAGGCUUAUGGCCUGGUCUGAUGUCGCAACUCUGCUGGAGUUAAGCGGAUCUCGGCCUAGUCAGUGUGUGUCUUGGAGACCAGGAGUGAAUCCGGUGUACACCAACUUGGAGUUCUAUGGUAGAAAGCCUGGGGUAUAAAUUAUGGGGUGUACUGAAGUAAGUUGUAUUCACAGUAGACCCUUUAAAACUAACAAACCUAAAUUAAUCAAGCCUAUUCAUUUCAGUGGGUAUAUUCUGAGUAGGACCAGUGCUUUUUUUCUGGGGGGUACGCAGGGGUACGCAUACCCCUAAACAUUUUGUGAAUCUUUUUAUUUUUGUCCAUUUGCUGUAUUUAUUUUCCUCAAUUUUAACUAUAAAAUGGUGAUUUUCUUGAGUCAAAUUAAGAGUACCCCUAAACAGUAUUUUAGAAAAAAAAGCACUGAGUAGGGCAAAUACUAGGUACAACCCCAAAUAAGCAUCAACCCUACAGAAAAAGGCUUAGGGUUGUGUUCAGCUAAGUCUUAUUCAUAACAGACCAAUAGAAACAAAAAAUGAGUGCAAAGGCACUUGGGAUGACGGGUCAGUAUGUGAACACAUCACCCCCUCCCAUGGUAUAUUUAGAGGUGUUGUUGCAUUUGUUCUUUUAGUUACCCAGUCUCAAAAAUUCAGAUAUAGGCCUGCAAGCAUCUAUUGGCCAUUGCCUGUGUGUAGAUGGUGGUGAAGCUGCCACAUGUUCAAGCCAUUGUGUGACUUUUCUUUAUAAAAUUUAAUUUCAGCUGUGAUGCAUUUUUAAGCACUGCACAAGGCUGAGCGUACUUUCCUGCUCUGCUACUCCAGCCCUAGAGCAUUAGCCGGUCUUUUUAACAAAACGUUGAUGAAGUUGCUGCUUUAAAAUUCGCCCCAAAGCUUAAAAGAAAUAUCAGCCCCAAUCUAUUGCUUCAUUCCCUUUGGUUAUCAGAUGACUCUGUGUUUUUCUAGAAGGGAGAUUUACAGAGACACCCCUGCCGCUUAUAAGAACAUAAGAAGAGCCCGCUGGAUCAGGCCAAUCAGCCGUUUAGUCCAGCAUCCAGUUCUCAUAGUGGCCACCCAGAUCCCUCUGGGAAACCUUCAAGCAGGACCCAAGCACAAUAUUACUCUUGUGAUUUCUAGCAACUGGUAUUCAGAAGAAUUACUGCCUCUGGCUGUGGAGGCAGAGCAUCAUGGCAAGUAGCCAUUGAUAGUGUUACCCUCCAUGGAUUUGUCCAAUCCUUUUUCAAAGCCACCCAUUGCGUGGUGUGUACAUUUGGCCUCUGGCAAGCAGGUUUGGACGUGGCAAGCAGGAGGGAUGUGGGUGGCGCUGUGGUCUAAACUGAGCCUCUUGGGCUUGCUGAUCAGAAGGUCGGUGGUUCGAAUCCCCACAACAGGGUGAGCUCCUGUUGCUCGGUCCCAGUUCCUGCCAACCAACAGUUCUAAAGCACCCCAAAGAAAGUGCAAGUAGACAAAUAGGCACCACUUCAGCGGAAAGGUAAAUGGCAUUUUCGUGCGCUGCUCUGGUUUCAGUUUCCAUUGUGCCAGAAGUGGCUUAGUCAUGCUGGCCACAUGAACCAGAAAAACAGUCUGCGGACAAACGCCAGCUCCCUCGGCCUGUAAAGCGAGAUGAGUGCCGCAACCCCAGAGUUGUCUGCAACUGGACUUAACUGUCAGGGGUCCUUUACCUUUACCUUUAAGCAGGUUUGGUAGUCUUUGUGUUAUUCCACAAACCUGCAUCACCUAUUUGGGACAAAAUAAAUCUACGUGUGCCAGAAGAUACGAAGCUUCUCUGAAACCACUUUUACCUUCCUUAAAGCCACUUCAGCUAGGAAAGAAAGGCCACCUUAAGCUGAUGGAAUAUGUGCAGCUUGCGGCCUUAACAUAUAGAAUAAGAGAACAAGAAGAACAUAAGUUUAGAGAAGAUUGGAAAAUGUUUAUUGAAUAUAUGGGGGCAAUUGUGUACACCUGAAAACGUUGGUAGCAUUAAGAUAAAUUCAACAGUGUAAAUAAGUUUUGUUGGAUGUAAUAAUGGAAUACAGAUGGUUUUGUUUAUGUAAAAUAUGCAGGGAUUUAUGAUAUACAAAAUGAACCAUGGAAAGAGAAUAAGGGAAGUCACUGAUAUUUUAAGGAUGUUUAAAUGAGUAUUCUAAAUUGUAAAACAGAAAAAUUAUAUAAAAAAGAAAAACAAAGCUCACCUCAGCUUCACUUUCUCUGUACUGGGGCCGUUUAUUGGUGUCAUUGAGGUUGCAACUCUGAUUGCAUUUUUCUGGUUGUACGUCCCACUGAACCCAGUAGGAAUUGCUUUUGAGUGCACAUGUAUGGGAUUGUGCUGUUAGCCAUGCAACGAACAAACACCAUUGGCAGGUUAUGGGAUCAGAUCUACACCCUGCUUCCCCUCCCAUGUACAUGCUUUCUUAAUCACCUUUCUCUUUCUCCUCUGCAGUUUGCUGGCGUAGAGGCUGGUUAUGCCUGUUUCUGUGGCCACGAAGGGGAUGUCCGACGUAGCCAGCCAGUGAGUGCCGUGGAAUGCGACCAAGUCUGCUUUGGCAAGUCCAGCGAGUUGUGCGGAGGAGAUGGCCGGAUUGGCAUAUACAAUGGUAAGUGUGAGGACGCAGGAGGCUUAUCACAGAUCAAAGGUUUUUUAAUCCAAAAGAUGUACGCGCAUCUGCUCUGCAUGCCUGAUGACAUAGAUUUUUAUGCACAGAGGUAGAGAGAAGUGUUUUUCUCUGUCUCCCAUUGAGGGAGAAUUCAGAGGACACCCAGGGAAAUCCAUGGGAAGCAGGGCAGCACAAAAUUAAGGCUGCAGUCCUCCAUACACUUACAGGCAAUGACCAAUCGAUGCGCGCCCAAUUGAUGCAUGACCGCGCAUACAUGCAGUGUGCCAAACCCAGAAGUGACUUUUAAAAUGGCCCUAAGAGAGCCCAGAAAGGGCGAAAAAGCAGUGCCUAGCCAUCCCACAAGCCUUUGCAAGUGCAAUCCCAGGAGCCCUUGCACCGGCCGUUGAGACCUGUGUGGAGGUGGAGUCUGAACAAGGGGGUUUGGAGGGAGCGAUUGUGCUGGAGUUUGGCGUCUGGUAAGUUGCCGCUGGUUUUUUAAAGGGUUUUUCAAGGGUUUCCAGAGGUUUAGAGGACGUUUGCAGGCUUUUUCAAAUUGUGUUUCAAAAUAUACGUAAUUUCACCUCGGAACUUAAGCCCUGCGUAAAUUGGGUGUUGCCUGCCCUUGGGAGCGAGUCUUGCUGAACUCAUACUUCCAUGUGGACACAUGUUGGAUUGCAACGCAUCUUAAGGAAUUUGUUGCCACAAAGAGUGGUGAUUGAUGGCCCCUAGCUACGUGGGCAGAGCACAUGGUUUGUAUGCAGAAGGUCGCAGGUCCAUUCUCCAGCAUCUCCAGGUAGGGCUGGAAUUGCUUCUUGGCUGACACCCUGCAGAGUUGGCCUAGAUGGAUCAUAUAGAGCCAGUGUGGUGUCACAGUGAGAGUGUUGGACCUAGGAUCCGGGAGACCAGGGUUCAAAUCCCCAGUCGGCCAAGAAACUCACCGGGUGACCUUGGGCAGGUCACUGUCUCUCUCAGCUUAACCUACCUCACAGGGUUGUUGUGAGGAUUAAAUGAGGAGUGGGAGAACCAUGUACACUACCCUGAGCGACUCAGGAACAUGACAAAAAAAUAAAAAUAAAUGUCUGACUUUGUAUAGGACAACUUUCUGUGUUCCAUAUCCUAUGCCUUAAAAAAAAAAGUGAUUAGAUAUGUUCAUGGAGCCUCAGAAGUCUGCCAACGGCCGUGACCCACAAUGGUAUACAGUUUAUGGGAACCUGGAGUUUCCAUAGUGCUCUGUGCUCGCAUGUGCUUGCUCCCAUGCACCUUGCCCCAACAGAGGGUGCUAAAAUUUCACAACUGUGAAAGAGAGGAUCCUGAUUGGAAAUAGACAGGACACUUCAUGGAAGGACUUUUUGAGUAUUUUGGUUUAGAAAAGGGACUCUUUCCCGGGCCUUCUCCAAAGCGGAUCUCCCAUCUUUCCAGUCUCACGUUCUCUCGACAUCUGGAUUGCAUUUAUUUAUUUAUUUCUAACCAAUGUUGGUUUUUGAGAAAUUUUUCAUUUUCCUGUUUUCCAGACACGGUUGAUUUGUUUUCUUUCCCCAGUUUUGACUCUCAGGGAUGUCAAAGUGCAGUGUAUACACUUAACUGUUGAGUUUUGUUUUUUGUUUUGUUUUUAAAUGUUUUUUGACAACAAAUAUAAUGCUUUUUGGGUGCCACCCACAUUGUCUCAGUAUUUUUUACAAUAGCCCUCUACUGUACGAUGCCUGAAUGAUAUUAUUACAGCAUGUAAAUAAUUUAUUAUUAUUAUUAUUAUUAUUAUUACAGUUUAUCUACCACUUAAUUACAAUUAUCUCUAAGUGGUGUACAGCAAGCUGAGCAAAUACAACAGAGAUAAAAAGCUAACUCUAAGAUCAAAAAUGACUUUUAAUUACUGCUGAAAUAGAAAUCUUUAGUAGGCGCCAGAAGUUCAACAGGGAGGGGGCAUGUCUGAUCUCAUUUGUAAGUGAGUUCCACAAAAUGAUGCCCACAACCCUGAAUGCAUGGCUCCUUGUGGACACAAGUCAUGCAUCUGAGCUGUGGGGAACCGUGGUGAUUCCCCUGUAGACCUCAGGGAUCAGGCACAGGUAUAAAGGAUCAAGCGGUCCUUAAGGUAUAUCAAAUACAGGGGAAUUCUCACUUACGCAUGGGGUUCCAUUCCUGGCUGCUGUACAUGUCACUGGGAUGCAUGCGAGUGGGGAUUAUCCUGCCCCUCUCUGCCCCUACCCCCAUUCUGCCUCUUUUCAGUGCCGGAAAUGGCACACAAGUUAGCCGGAGCGGGUGUGCUGAUCAUGUAUACGUGGGGAGACGCCUGGGCUGUUAUUGUAGAAUGUUAUAGUAUACUGUAAUUGUUUGGUACACUUGGGUCAUCCCAUUUGCCAUCUCAAAAAAAUGAUAAUAGUUUGUUUUUGUGUUUAUUUAUUACGUUUUAAAAAUCUCUUCCUUUAUAUUCACAACAACCUCAUGAAGCUGAACUGAGAGAUCAGUAAAGGUCUAAGGUGACCCAGGUCACUCAAUACGUUUUGUGAAUGAGUGAGGAUUAUAGUCUUGCCACUACACUGUUUAUCUCUCUUUUUGGUGUGUUUUUUUUAAAGGGUGAGUUUGUGUCUCUUGCCAUGAUUGAAAACAAUGGAGGUACACUUCUUUUUUUUUAAUUAAAAAGUAUACUUCAUUAUUAUACCCGGAAAGGUCCUCCCCCCCUUUCAGAGUACAGUGGUACCUCGGGUUACAUACGCUUCAGGUUGCAUACGCUUCAGGUUACAGACUCCGCUAACCCAGAAAUAGUGCUUCAGGUUAAGAACUUUGCUUCAGGAUGAGAAGCACGGCGCGGCGGCAGUAGGAGGCCCCAUUAGCUAAAGUGGUGCUUCAGGUUAAGAACAGUUUCAGGUUAAGUACAGACCUCUGGAACGAAUUAAGUACUUAAUCCGAGGUACCACUGUACCUCCAAUUAAAACUUAACAAUUAAGGAGUCUUACCUGCUGUGUCUCUGAGCGAUUCACUGUUCUGAGCAUGGCCAUUUUCUUCAGUGGCAGGUCAUUGCACAGUGUCUCUACAUUAGAGGCAAAUGAUUGCCAGGCCAGAGCCAAAGCUGGUUGGAAGGAGGUAAGAUCAGAGCAGCAAAUUACAUAGAGCAGCAACAGACAGCCUCCUCUGCAGGUGGGUCAGUCUGCUGCAUUGGGAGUGGCUGAACCAUCCAAUCUCACCCAGCAUCAAUGUGCAGCAACAUUAGCACCCCCUAGUGGUGGCUGUUUGGAAGGAGGCAAGGCCAGAUCAGUAAAUUACAGAGAUGCGGCAGGCAAAAUCCCCUGGAUAUGGAAGUGGGUGUUUUGGGCCCACAAAUUAACCUAACUGCUUUCUCACAGUGAGCUGCCUUGCACAACCCAGUGUGCUCUGGCACGCAGUUCAUUAAUUACUAUAUGAUGUAUUAUCACCCCAGUUAUAAGGUUUGCAUCGAGUGUCUCCGACUGUGGCUUCCAGAGGUCAGGAUCCAGAGAGCGUGUACCACCAGCCCUCUGUUCCUACUACGAACCUGGUAUGCCAGGGAAGGGGCAAAACUCAGUGGAAGAGCAUCUGCUUUGAACACAAACGAUUCUUGAUUAAAUCCUUGCCUGGCAACGCCACAUAGUGCUGGGAAUGUCCUGUGUCAGAAACACUGGAGAGCUUCCCCAGGCAGGGAAGACAAUUCUUAGUUAGAUGGACCACUGGUCUGAUGAAGUGCAGGUGAAUUCUGGGCAUCAAGGGCGCCAUCCAGGCUGAGGUACCAGCAUGCAAUCUUGCCCUAUUCACAUGACUGUCUAGGGCCAAUCACAACCAACCAGGCCGUGUAAAGCCUUACUUCAGAGCUUGCUGCUCAGUCUGAGCAACUCACCUCCAGCGUGAGGAGGUUGCCAAAGCGCUGCCCACCAGUCUCUUAUGGCUGCCUUGGAUCUUGACCCGCCUGGUUCCGACUGAGCCCUUGCUUCAGUCAGAUCCUCUGAGGCUGACGGGUCUUCUUGACCCCUGCCUGUCUGUGGCCAUGUGCACCUUCCUCCAGUCUUUCUGAUUCUAGUUCUGAGUCUUGACGUCCACUUGGCUUGGGACUGUGUACUUGCUUCUGGGCUGUGUGGGCAGACAGGCAGCCCCCUGGCAAAGUCCAGCAUGUCUGAAGCUUGAUCCUGCUAAAAAAAGUAAGAAGAGCUCGUCUGGAUCAGACCAAAGGUCUGCCUAGCCCAACUUCCUGUUUCCCAGAGUGAUGCACCAGAGGCCAGUGAGCACAACAGCACUCUCUCCACUCAUGAACAACUGGAAUUCAGAGGCAUACUGCUCCGAAAUUGAAUGUAAUACACAGCUAUGAUAGGUAGCAGCCACUGAUAGUCUUAUCUGCCAUCAAUUUUCUAAUCUCCCUUUUAAGUUGUCCAAUAUGGCGGUCAUUGCUACUUUUGGCAGUAGCGAGUUCUGCAGCUUAACCAAAUGCUGCGCGUGAACUACUUCCUUUUGUCUGCCUUGAAUCUUCUGCCAUUCAGCUUCCUCAGAUGGCCCCAGGCUCUAGUAUUACGAGAUGCGGUGAGAAGCUUCACUCUGUUCACUUUCUCCACCCCAUGCAUAAUCUUACACACCUCUGUAAAACCCGGUUCCAAUUCUGUAAGCAGUCUUACUCAUGCAGAAGAUGAUUGGCUCCUUGUCUGGAUGGGAAAUUUAUUACCAGAAGCUGGGCUCUGUUAGUGUAACCGCAUGGAAAGGUGUUUCGCACAAACGCUCACAAUGUGGAAAGCCAUUUUGUGCAAAGGGGCAGGGUUUUUUUGUCAUUGAAAAUUAAAACAAAAAACUGGGGAUCCUAAAAGUUGCAUCCCUCUAUUGAUUACAUUUUUAUUCUGAUCCUUCCCUCCCUACCCCCCACCCUGCUUGUCUCUCCACCCCACAGUAUCCAUGGGUGCCUGCCAGGGAAACUUCAGCGAUCUCUCUGGAGUGAUUUACUCUCCGCAGUUCCCGGAUGACUACGAAGCCGACAGCAACUGCAGCUGGUCCCUGCACCCCCUGGGCUGCGAGUCCGUGGAGGUCACCUUCCGGAUCUUUGACGUGCAUGACCCCAACGACCGCCUGGAGCUGUGGGAUGGACACAGCAACCUCUUGCUGGCUCAGUUUGACGGGCGCCGGAGGCCGGGGGCUCCCCUGCUGUUCCCCACCGACCACCUGCUCCUCUCCUUCCAUUCGGAUCAGCUCCUGCAAGCCCAGGGCUUUGCCAUCUUGUACAGAGGUAUGCGCCAAGGCCUGACUCUGCGAUGCAUCUGCCCCAGGGGUAGAAUGGGCGGGAUAAACCUGUUCCACCUGGGUUGAGUAACGCUGCAGCGAUCACCUGCAAAGGAGGUAGAUCAGGGGAAAGAAGCCUCUUCCCGAGUGGGUCUGGAGGGCCGCAGCAAGGACCGAAAGUAAGAACCCUGCUCCCACAGCAGAAGACUUCAAGGUGGUGUGGUGUGCGGCUGAGGCAGAGAGAGGCUGUCUUUGAACUCCAGGACUCACUCCAGCGUCUGCCAACUCUUCCCUGGGGCUCAGUGUGUCAGAGUCUCUAAUUAGAAGCUCUUGCUUCCACACCUGCAAAGGGAGGAGGGUGACCGGCCCUUUGAACUGGGGCCCUGGGAAUGGGGAGGAUUUCUUUUGACAGCGCUUGGGAAGCCCUGCGUGUGGGUUCCUCGCACUCGCUCACCCUCCCGCUGGUGACAGCACCUUUGAAAUAGUCACCCAAUGGGUUAACUACAGGCAAGUUUCUCCUGGUGUGUCCCUUUGAACUUUCUGUGCAGCCGCAGGCCUGUAGCCAAAAAUGAUUGUGAACUAAAAGUGGGUAGGGCACCUGGUUGGGGGAAUGGGGCGGGGGGUGGCAGAAUGAAUACAGAAUAGAAAGAGCCUAAAUACAAGUGGCCUGAUGCAUUGCUGUUUAAUUGUAUAAACUAUUAAUACAAUGGCUUUCUUGGUCGUCCCUGGGCCUCUGUGUCCGUUAGCCAGGAAACAGGAAAGGUACCGUCUUAUCGAUCGUCAGGCAAAAUACCUGCUGGUGGCCUUUGUUUGUUAAAUUUGGAUGCUGCCCGAUCCUGCCAGAGUUGCUCAGGGCAGAAAAGGUCAACGUGUUAGAACAGCAGGAUUUAAAAUGCAAACGAAAACCUAUUUAAACACAAUUAAAAACCACCUAAGAAAGCUUUUUAAAAGCCGAGAACGUCAAAAGCUGAGAACUUUAAAACACUUAGAAUUUUAAAAACCAUUUAAGAGCAAUUGCACACCCUCACAGCUAUAAAUUUCAUAAUUUACAUCACCACCCCACACUUUGCAGUUCAUUUCUGGGUCACCUGUCUUUCUGGGAAGCAGAUUUGUUUUGCAAGAGCUCCAAAUCGACAUCACUUGUGACAGUCUUGAAGUGCCCUGGGGCUCUUGCUUCACAAUUGUGACACAGUUGGGGUCAUCUAGUCCAACUCCCUGCAAUGCAGGAAACUCAUCUAAGGCAUCCAUGACAGAUGACCAUCCAACCUCUGCUAAAAAACCUCCAACGAAGGAGAGUUCAUUAUCUCCCGAGGGGAGACCGCUCCACUGUGGAACAGCUCUUACUGUCAGAAAGGUUUAGUCGGAAUCUCCUUUCUUGCAAUUUGAAGCCAUUGGUUUGAGAUCUUCCAUGUGACAGCUCUUAAGAUAUUUGAAGAUGGCUAUCAUAUCUUUUCUCAGUCUCUUCUUUCGCAGGCUAAACAUACCCAGCUCCCUCAACCAUUCCUCAUAAGGCUUGGAUUCCAGACUUUGGGAACAGGGUUGGCUAAAAAUCCACUGUGAAGACAAUAAACUGUUUUGAUUUCCCUGCAGGAGUGAAAGGUCCCCUUAUCAACGGAGCCCGGUCUGAUUUACGAACUCUACCUGGUGAUGGAUCCCGUCUCAUCCCAACCUCCUCCGAUUGGUUGAACUCCACCUGGACCUACAGCGCCAAUGACUCUGCCAUUGGGGUAGGAGGUAAAGAACUAGACUUGAGGCAGGGCUUGGCCCUCGAUGCUGCAGCUUGUGCUAUAACCCGAUUGGCUGGCUCAAGUCAAAACAGUCUCUGAUGAGGACAUUCCCUGCAGGAACUACUGAUUGCACACAUGUGCCUGCCAGACGACCCCUUUUUUUAAAGAAAGCGAGAAGUUAACUUUUGCAAAGGAGAGUACAGAUCAGAGAAAGGCAACCUAUGUGUGCUCAAUCCUUUCUCUACCUACCAUUUCACCAUUCUAAACCCAUUCCCAUAACAUCUUCCCAAUUCCACACACAGGAUUACAGCCGCACUUUUUCAAGGAUAGCAUGUAAGUGGUACCAGAGCGUGGGGCGGGGUGGGGAAAUCUCACUGUGGGUGCCAUUUGGAACUAAGAAACAGGGAGGAAAAGGGUAAAGUCCUCUCUCUAUUCCACUGUCUACAUUUCCUUCUCUUAAAGCAGCUUCUACAAAAACAACCGCCAAACCCUAAAAUAUUAAGAUUCUCUAAUAAUACACAUUCACACAUAAUUUAAUAGGGAUGCGUGAAGAAUUGGAUCUUUGCAAAUUCCAAUAUGAACUGAUCUGCUCUUCCUGUACUAAUGUGUGAAUUGGAAUUUUGUCACCCACAAAUGUCCAGGCUCUCUGAAUGUUCCAAUGCUAUUCUUGGCUCAAAAAACGUAUCAAAAUACUUUGAAAUGCAUGUUUUGAUAGAAAAAUAGGUUUGGAAAUGCAUGUUUUGAUAGAAAUUAAUCUGCAAUUUUUUUAAAAAGUAGAAUUGAUGUGGAAAUGGCACAGAAUGAACUUAUGGGUGACCACGAGCAAAAAGGGCACAGAUUUGAAGUAAACUGAUUUGCCCAUCUCCAAAGUGCAGCUAGUUGACCUUCGGUUCCCACGCUGUGUAAAAUUUGCUGUGGUGCAAUCCAGCCACCAGGGGUCAUAGUCUGUACCGUUGUAACAUAAUGCACUUUGUAGUCAGCUGUGAGUUAAAUGACAUUAGAGAUCCUGAACUCUCUCUUAUUCUGGGCAAAGCUUUGCACACCUUGCACUUAAAUAGAACGAAUGAAAGAAAAAUCAGAACUCAGCACGCAGUAAAAACUGGAUUCUGUGACCUAUGUAUUAUUAAGCACAAUUAUUUCACAUCUGUUGAUUUUGCACAACCCUUACUAGCCAUGGGGAAGGGAAGAGAGCUGGGCAGGGCAGCCUUAUCCCUAUUUUGCUUUUGCCAAAAACCCUGCUUGGCUGUCACCCCACCUGGUUUCUGCAGCAUUGCCCAUGCGCUUUCACAUCUGUAUAUCUACAGGGACUAGGAGCAUGAAACAAAAAAACCCCAAGUCUCUCAGAUUGCUGAGUGCUUGCAUGGUGCAAUUGAGGAACUGUGGAAUGCAUACAGCCCAUGGGAUGAGGCCUUACAUUGCUAACAUGACUACUACAUUUAUUGUCUGCCAACAUGCAUGCAAAGCUCUCGCUGUGUGUAUACACACACACACACACACACACACACACACACAGAGAGAGAGAGAGAGAGAGAGAGAGAGAUGUAUACAGAGAAAACCUUUACACGGAUUUGCACCAUGUUUUAAAUUUCCCUCCGAAAAUAAACAGCUCCUUGUCCAAGAGGAUUUUUUUGAGUUUGUUCCAUUUCUCCGGUAAACAGCUGGUUUUCCCAGGGAAAGCAGCAGGACUAAUCCCCCCCCCCCCGCAAAAAAAAAUUCCUCUUGGGUCCAUGACUUGAAAUCAUGGGACAAACAAAAAUGUGGAUGGGCCCUUUUAAAUCUGGAGCCAACUUCUGCUUUCUCAUGGGUCUUCUCUCUUCUCCAAAUACUGUAGUCUUGUUAUUGUUACUAUUACUAUCACUAUUUUAAUCUGUGUGCCCCUUUUGUGCCCUAAAGCGGCUCACGAGACCGUCGUCUAGGUGUAUUUUGCUGUACAACUCCCACCUCCCAAUCUUUAUUUUGUGCUGAUGGUUAUAUAGAACAUUUGGCACAACCUGGUGGCAAUUUUGUAUUUAUUUAUUUAUUUAUUUAUGAAAUGUGUAUACCAUCCUAUACCCGCAGAUUUCAGGAUGAUUCACAACAUAAAAUCACAAUAAAAAAACACACAAAAUACAUCAUAAAAACAAAUACAACGUAAUAAUCCCUGCUUACAAAAACACAUUUUAAAAGGGCAUCAGGUGUCAAUCAGCCAAAGGCCUGGUGGUGAGGAGGCUGUGCAAUGUCAGAGGGACUAGAAGGUGCUUUAAACCGGGGAAGGGGAGCCCAAAGCCCUCCAAGUGGUGCUGGAUCCCAUCUGCCCCAGCCAGCAUGCCCAGUGGUCAGGGAUAACAGGACUUGUUGUCCAAUGACAUUUGGAAGGCCGCCGAUUCCCUGUCCCUGUUUUAAAUCACCACUCUUGACAAACAUAAACAAGAUGUUGGAGCUCUGUGAUCAAAGCUGCUGUCUUUAAAAAGAACUGCUUUUAAAAAAUAGAUGGUAGGUCUGAUCACAGGUCCCAACCAGCUUCCUACUUGGCUCAGUAAACAGAUUGGAAAUGGCUGACCUUUUGGCUUUUUGGAUCUGCGUGACGCAGCAGACAUUAUAAAUUUAUAUGAAAUGCACAGGAUGUCUACCAAGCAGGUAUUGGUCAGCUUUUUACACAGAAAUGUAAGCUGACCAGUAUAGCAUCCUCUUAUCAUAUUUGCAAUGUCUGAAAGUAAUUUCCUUUUCACUGUGAGAGCUAGAAAGAGACUUAAUUCUGUAGGGGACUCAGCAUGGUGAUUAAUCAACCCUGCCCUGUAGCUUUCUAGAUCUCGGUGGAAGGUUGUACAUAACUAGUGUCUUCUGUUCUUUUGUUAACACAGCUUGGGUGAUGUACACAGCUACAGGGACCUUCAUCCUAGCCAUCCUCAUCAUCUCGUUCCAUCUACGCAAGAGGUAGGCUGGGGUUUCAACUGGAUGAUGGGAGUCAGACAGAGGUUUUGCAUUUCAUUCCCAUCUUUGGGCGAUAUUGGGGGGGGGGCGGUAUUGUAGGGAGCAAAGAGUCCUAGAUUCUGCCCCCUUUUUGUGGAAUGACAAGGAGUUAAGAGGAAGUGAGUCACUUUGGUCAUGUUGGCAGAGGAUGCUGGGAACUGUAGUCCAAAAACAUCUAGAGAUCCCCACACUGGCUACCUUUAAUCUAGAGAGUCUUGUACACGUUGGACAUUAGAUACGUGCUCAGGAUGCUGGGCCGUUGCUAGUGGUGGCGUCAAUCUUUGACUCACCUGAUUGCACUGUUUGUUUGUUUUCUUAUCUCCAGGACCUGCCUCUUUGUGCAGAAGAAGACUGGCAGCUCUCUGGGCCCUUUCUCCUCCAAAGGCCCGCGAAGCCGCUGCCAGUGCCUUGGGGGCGAGGCGUGGGCCGUGGCCUACCGCCACACCCGGGUCGUGAUCUGCACCACGCGCGGCGCCCCACACCACCGCCCCUUGCGCAACGGGGGCGGGGUUGCUGGGGACGACGAGGCCUCCUCGGACUGCUCAUGCCUGUGCCACAGUUACGAGAACCUUUCAUCCACCAACCAGUCCUCUCUCAAAUCUCUCAUCUCCACCAUCUGAGGCCAUGCGAACCUUAUAACUUCCACCUUCACCCCUGUCAUGACCAGCUCCCUUUCUGCUGCCAGAUCCCUGGAGCAGAACUUCCCCAGUUUGCUAGGAACCAAGAAACCAACCUUAUAAGCAUAUGCUCUGCGGGUUGGAGGCAGGGGAGACGGAAUUUAAUGGAAGCCAAUGCACCAUUUGGCACAGAUAAGAACGUUCUGGAGAAACUGAAAGUUGUUUUGACAGCAGGAACUUGUGUAGCAACAUUGCCUAAACAACCUUCUCUGGGCCAGGAGAGUACUGAGGUGGUGAGAAUCCUAUUGCCACAUCCCUUUGGGGGAGACAUCUGUGCCUUCUUUGAAGCUGGGAUUUUCCCUGGGGUUUUGUAAACCUUGCCUGUGGGACAAAGAGUUUUGGUGGAAGUCUCCCAUCGUGGCAGGAUUCAUACCUGCAUGGAAUUUAGGACUGUGUGACAGGAGAGAUGCGUUCUCUAUAACACAUGGAAGUUCAGGCAUCUCGCAGGUUCACGUUUUGUGAGACGCCAAGGCCUGGGAAUGGUGAGAUCCUGGCUGCAUCCUCCAAGAGGCUGGAGCGGGGAAAGCCUUCAGUUCCACAGGCUCAUCCGUGGAUGCUGAAUUGGGGCGGGGGGGGCAGGGAAUGGUGGUAUUCGUGUGCAGAUCCCAUUACCGGUGUCACUUUGGGGACAUUUGGGUGCAAACAGAGGCCACGGGGCACUUGAAAGACUUUUCACUUGGCUACACGGGGGUGCAAAGACACACCAAAAAAGAAGAGGGGAGAUCAAAACCAGCCCCCUUGCCUAUUGUGUCCCAGAGCCGCACGAUGGAUUUUGGAACAUAAAACCUUCAUUAAAUUAUUUUCAUAUCGGUA